CAUUUGACAUUUGUCGACUCGUGAUUGUGCACGCACGUGCGGCGGAGCGUAUUUUUGUGCGAGGCUUUUGAACACUUUUGAAUAUUAACUUCGUGUAGCACUGAGCGCGACGAUGGAAGUGGACGAAAAUGAACCAACAACGCGCACGGUGCAGGCCCGAUUCGUGUCGGACGUUGGAGAAGAAGCGGGCCCACCGUUGGCGCUGCCGAUCAACGUCACCAAGGAGCAGCUGGAACUGAUUUGCAAUGCACUGCUGAAGAAUGAGCAACAAACGCCGUACCUGUUUUUCGUGAACGAUGACGAGAUCAAGGAAUCGGUUGAGCAAACCGUCGACAGCAAGCGACUCAAUGCGGAAGAUGUGCUCGACAUCGUGUACCAGCCGCAGGCCGUGUUCCGGGUGCGGGCCGUGUCGCGCUGCACCAGCACCAUGCCCGGUCAUGCCGAGGCGGUCGUUUCGCUCGCCUUCAGCCCGAACAGCAUACAUCUGGCUAGCGGCUCGGGCGACAAAACGCUACGGCUGUGGGAUCUGAACACCGAGACGCCCCACUACACGUGCACCGGCCACCGGCAGUGGGUAAUGUGUGUGGCCUGGGCACCGGAUUCGCUGAAGGUGGCGUCGGCUUGCAAGGCGGGCGAGAUUCGCAUCUGGUCCCCGGACACAGGCAAGCAGCUCGGCAGACCGCUCGUGGGCCACAAGAAGUGGAUCAGCUGCCUGUCCUGGGAACCGUACCAUCGCAAUGCGGAGUGCCGGUAUCUGGCGAGCGCGGGCAACGAUAACGAUGCGCGCAUAUGGGACGUGGUGUUGGGCACGUGCGUGAAGGUAAUCGCUGGGCACACAGCGGCUGUCACGGCCGUCCGUUGGGGUGGUUCCGGGCUGCUCUACACCUCGUCCCGCGAUCGCACGGUCAAGAUGUGGCGAGCGGAGGACGGCGUACUGUGCAAAACGUUCACGGGCCACGCGCACUGGGUGAAUAGUUUGGCGCUCAACACGGAUUACGUGCUGCGUACGGGCCCGUUUCACCCGGUGAUGGACAAAUUCAAGAUGUACGGGGACGGUACGGAUAAGGACGCCCUCAAGCAGCUGGCGCUCGAGCGGUACGAGCAGGUGUGCCCGGACGGGGUGGAAUCGUUCGUCUCGUGUUCGGACGACUUUACGCUGUAUCUGUGGCGCGCGAACCAGAAACAGUUCGUGACGCGCAUGACCGGCCACCAGAAUGUGGUGAACGAUGUGAAGUACUCACCGGACGUGAAGUUUAUUGCGUCCGCUUCGUUCGACAAAUCGAUCCGGCUGUGGCGGGCCGGCGAUGGGGCGUUCAUCUGUGCCUUGCGCGGUCACGUGCAGGCCGUCUACACUGUCUGCUGGUCGGCCGAUUCGCGGCUAGUGCUUAGCGGCAGCAAGGACUCAACCCUCAAGGUGUGGAGUGUGAAGGAGCGCAAGCUGGUGCAGGAGCUGCCCGGACACGCGGACGAAGUGUACGGCGUGGAUUGGGCACCGGACGGUUCCCGGGUUGCUUCCGGUGGCAAAGAUAAGGUGUUAAAACUGUGGGCAUAUUAAGCCACAACCAAACACACUACGUCCACAUCCAUUUCCAUACCGCUCGGGUUUAUGUUAAAUAAGAUCGAAAUGAAAUGAUUUAUUCCCACAUUUGAA